UCGCUUUAAGUGUCUGGGCGUCAACCGAGCCGGGUCAAGGGAAAGGAGGGGACCUGUCACAGGUAGAGGGAGCCGCGGAGCUCCCCAGGUAACCCCGAGGAGAGAACGCGAUCUGGCGUCGGAGCUUUGUCACACAGCUGCGCGGUGCCUACGUCGACCUCGAGUCUGGGGCUGGAGGAGUUGCCUUUGGAGCUCGAAAGGAGGAAGGAAGCAAAAUAUCAACAACCGUCGAGGCGGCUUGGGCGCUCGGCCGCGUCCCCGCCGCCCGCUGCCGCCGCCCCCACGCGCGCCGGGGGUUCCGGGCCCUGCGGCGCCGCCCAGGCCGCGAGAACGCGGCGCCUUCGCUGUUCCCCGCCGGAGCUGCGGCUUCGCGCAACCGAGGAUCCCGCGGGCCGGGCCGAGGCUCUCGGCGCCGUGACACCCCGUUCCCCCGCGGGCUGGGAAGCGGGAAGGAGGAAUGGUCGCAUGCUGCACAGCCUCCGCAUCGCUGUAAUCACUGGUGGCUUUUAUGAGGUAUUUCCUGGGCUCUUUUCCUGUGGGUAAUAACGUAGUAAAAAGACAGAUCUGGUUCCUGCCUUCAUGAAGCUCCAGCGUUGGGGGAACCAGGCACAGAAGAGAAGCACAAUUGUUUAGAGAUGGUACUGCUAGAAAGAGUGUUGGAUUAGCAUUUUUGGAAAACUGAAAACACUGAGACAGUUCACUUCAACCUGCCUGAGGAGACGGCACUGGCCAUAGCAGGAGGCUGUGCAUAGGUGUUCUGCAGACCAUGAACUGAACCCUAGUCCCAGACAUUCAUGAGCACAGUGUGAGGCUCCUGACCACCCAGCAGCCCCUUUCUCUCUGGCACUAAGGACCCCGGAGAAGAUGGGAAGGAAAAAGAUUCAGAUCCAGCGAAUCACUGAUGAGCGGAACCGCCAGGUGACAUUCACCAAGCGGAAGUUUGGGCUGAUGAAGAAGGCUUAUGAGCUGAGUGUGCUGUGCGACUGUGAGAUUGCGCUCAUCAUCUUCAACCACUCCAACAAGCUGUUUCAGUAUGCCAGCACCGACAUGGACAAGGUGCUGCUCAAGUACACAGAGUACAACGAGCCUCAUGAGAGCCGCACCAAUGCUGACAUCAUUGAGACCCUGAGGAAGAAGGGUUUCAACGGCUGUGACAGCCCAGAGCCGGAUGGGGAGGACUCACUGGAGCAGAGCCCCCUGCUGGAGGACAAGUACCGGCGGGCCAGUGAGGAGCUGGAUGGGCUCUUCAGGCGCUAUGGGUCAUCUGUUCCGGCCCCCAACUUUGCCAUGCCUGUCACAGUGCCCGUGUCCAACCAGAACUCCAUGCAGUUCAGCAAUCCUAGUGGCUCUCUGGUCACUCCUUCCCUGGUGACAUCAUCCCUUACGGACCCGAGGCUCCUGUCCCCUCAGCAGCCAGCACUACAGAGAAACAGUGUUUCUCCAGGCCUGCCCCAGCGGCCUGCUAGUGCAGGGGCCAUGCUGGGUGGAGACCUCAACAGUGCUAAUGGAGCCUGCCCCAGCCCUGUUGGGAAUGGCUACGUCAGUGCCCGAGCUUCCCCUGGCCUCCUCCCUGUGGCCAAUGGCAACAGCCUAAACAAAGUCAUCCCUGCCAAGUCUCCACCCCCACCCACCCACAACACACAGCUUGGAGCCCCCAGCCGCAAGCCUGAUCUGCGGGUCAUCACUUCCCAGGGAGGCAAAGGGUUAAUGCAUCAUUUGACUGAGGACCAUUUAGAUCUGAACAAUGCCCAGCGCCUUGGGGUCUCCCAGUCUACCCACUCGCUCACAACCCCAGUGGUUUCCGUGGCAACACCAAGUUUACUCAGCCAGGGCCUCCCCUUCUCCUCCAUGCCCACUGCCUACAACACAGAUUACCAGCUGCCCAGUGCAGAGCUGUCCUCCUUACCAGCCUUCAGCUCACCUGCAGGGCUGGCACUAGGCAAUGUCACUGCCUGGCAGCAGCCCCAGCAGCCACAGCCGCCACAGCCGCCACAGCCGCCACAGUCACAGCCACAGCCGCCACAGCCACAGCCACAGCAACCACCUCAGCAACAGCCCCACUUGGUCCCCGUAUCUCUCAGCAACCUCAUCCCAGGCAGCCCCUUGCCCCAUGUGGGUGCUGCUCUCACUGUCACCACCCACCCCCACAUCAGCAUCAAGUCAGAACCAGUAUCCCCAAGCCGUGAACGCAGCCCUGCACCUCCUGCACCAGCUGUGUUCCCAGCUGCCCGCCCUGAGCCUGGCGAAGGUCUCAGCAGCCCAGCUGGAGGAUCCUAUGAGACCGGGGACCGGGAUGAUGGACGGGGGGACUUUGGGCCCACACUAGGCCUGCUGCGCCCGGCCCCAGAGCCUGAGGCUGAGGGCUCAGCUGUGAAGAGGAUGCGGCUGGAUGCCUGGACAUUAAAGUGACGGUUCCCUCUCCCUCCUCUCAGCCUCACUGAUGAAGAGUUGACAAUCUCACCGCCCACCCCUCCCUGUCCUGGGCUCCUCCCGCUCGACCCCUACUUCCUUUCUUCUGCUCCAUGUCCUGUUGAUGGUUACAUUUGUGUAUAAUUAUAUUAUUAUUAUUAUUAUUAUUAUUAUUAUUAUUAUUAUUAUAUUUUUAAAUUUGAAAUCUCGCUUUAGAGAGAGGGAUGCUCUUGCCCCUUUCUUGCCCCCGCCAUUUUCACUGGUGGGGGACUCUCUUUAUUGCGGGAAGGGGGGGACACUUUGCACGUUGUACACAUAUGCUGCAGGAAGGGGGGGGCGCGGUAGGCCUUGGAGAAGGACAGGUGCCGAGCCCUGCAUGUGAAGCCCUCCCAUCCCAUUUCCAGAUAGACGUAAAGAACCAAAAACUACCCAACAGCAGAACCCAGACAGUGGACUGAAACCCCAAAGCUGGUUUGAUGAUGGGCUUGUGUCUCAGGGGAUAGGAGGAGGCAGAGUUUCUGCUUCUGGGCUGUUCGUGGCUAAUACCCAUCCUGGUCCCUCCAGCUUCCUGCAUACACACCACACUCACUGAUCUGUGUGCCGCACCCCAAGAUCUGGGUGCUAUGAAGGCUGCCUAGGACUCCGGGCCAGGGCAGGAGCUUGAGGUUGGAAGCUCUAGAGGUAACAUGGAAGAGAGACAGCUGUAGGAAGAGGGCUGAUGAGGGCAGAAGGUCUGGGUUUGGUGAAUUGGGACCCUACCCCCAGCUUUUCCUUUAAGAUGUACAGUGCAAUAGCUCCCCAUCCCUUCACCCCAAUUCUAGAAAGCUGGCCAUGUACUGGGAAAGUUGGGAGAGACCUUCUGUGAAGUGGCUCCAGGGUGGGCCCAGAGUCAGCCUUUGCUUCCCUGGGGUGCUGAGGGCAGGAGUCCUGUCAGGGGCAGGCAUGGGGAGGGCACCUCUCGCUUUGCACACCCAUACCCAGAAGAGUGCACACUGGGCACAUGGCAUGGCCUGUGGAGCUAGAGGUUCCUAUAGACGAGGCCGCUGAGGCCUUUCCCUUGCCUCCUAGUUCCUGCCCCUGACCCACCUCCCAGCUCUUUGCGUGCUCCUUGUCUCGCUACCUCCUGUCCCUCCACCUCCAGGCCACAUCCCAAACCUGCCCUCUUGCUACUGUAAUUGUAAAUAGAGACCUUUCAAAAUGUUAGUGGUGUAACAGUCCAGGAAACUGUUGUGUUUGUUGUUGUUGUUGUAUUGAUAUGAAAUGAGAUUCUAUUUUUGUCAAAGUAUAUUGUAAUAAUAAUGACUCAAAUGGCC